AUGCGCUCCGAUCCUUCUCCAGCUCCUGGCGCAACCUCGGCCCAGGAACAAUCUUCAUCACAGCAAGCGAACGAGAGAAGCAGCUUGUUGUCCGCCCGUUCCCGACCUUCAGAGGAAUCCCACGCACCCAGUGAUGAAGAGUGGAAGCCAAGCACGAGACUGCGAUUCAUACAGGCAGUCACAUGGAUCAACGUUUUCCUCACUGGAUUCGACUCGACCGUCGCGGCCAGCAUCUACACCAAGGUGGCAUCCGACUUUGGCGCCGCCAAUAAUGCUGUAUGGGUCAGCACAAGCUAUCUCAUCACUGCUGUCAGCUUCCAAGCCCUGUACGGCAGACUGUCUGAUAUUCUGGGUAGGAGAGCCUUGUUCCUUUUCGGGACUACAGUCUUUUCCAUUGGGAGCUUGCUGUGCGGCGUGUCAAAUAGCAUGCUCGCUCUCAACAUCUCUCGAGCAAUCGCAGGGUUAGGAGGAGGUGGUCUGAUGACGAUGGCCACCGUCGUGCUUUCCGAUAAUGUCCCUUUCAAGCGGAGAGGUCUCUACCAAGCGGCCAAUAACCUCAUGUAUGGCUUAGGAGGCGCACUUGGUGCCUCGUGUGGCGGCAUCGUCACACAGCUCAUCGGCUGGCGUUAUGUCUUCCUACUUCAGCUACCUCUGUCUCUAGCUGCGGUCUUGGGCGGUGCGCUGCUGGUCAAGGACCCGGAGGUGAUGCCACUUCCUCGUGAUGCUCCCAUCGACCUAGCAGGUGCGAUCACGCUCGUUGUCUCUGUCUCGGCAUUCCUGCUCGCGCUAAGCCUGGGGGGAAAUGAAAUCGAAUGGUCUUCUUGGACCAGCAUAUCGCUUUUCGCCUUAGCGUUCUCUUGCUUUUACGUCUUCUUCCGUGUUGCUGAAGCACGAGCACCUGCACCGAUUUUACCUGCAAGGAUGGUGUUCGGCAGCAGGCUCUCCAAGUCGAACGUUGCCACAAACUUCUUGUCAGGAGCCAGUAUCUAUGCCACUCUUUUCACCGUUCCUCUAUACUUUCUAGGUUGUCGACUCGAGGACACUUCUCGAGUCGGAAAGCGUCUGAUCCUGCCGGCUCUCGGAUUUCCCAUCGGCGCCAUUGCCGCCGGCUACGUCAUGUCACGGUACGGCAAGCUUGGCACCCUCGUACAGAUUGGCUGCGUUGUCUUGACGCUGGGCAGUUUGCUGCCACUGCAGUUCGAUUUGGAUGCCAGCGCCCCAACACGAUCCGGGGUCUACUACUUUCUCCGGCUAAUCCCGGUUCAGAUUGGUCAAGGCCUUAUCAAUCCCAGCAGUCUCUUUACGAUGCUCGCUGCAUUUCCUCAUCAAGGUGGGUGAAGGCUGGCAAAGUCUGCACCACGCUCGCAAAGCUGAUUUCCUGCGGUCAUGCCUCUCGCCGCGCAGAUCAAGCCGUCGCCACAUCUACUGUGUACUUGUGUCGCAGCCUUGGCAACGUCGCUGGUGUAGCAAUGGGUUCUGCUAUUUUGCAAAAUUGGUUGCGUGCCAAGCUACCAUCAGUGAUCGACGCUGCGUUGCCGGACGCAAGCCCCAUCGAGAAGCAAAGAAUCGUGGAAAGCGUUCGACAUUCCACCGAUGCCAUACGAGAUUUGCCCGAUCACUACAGGGGAGCAGUUACUGAAACCUACGGACGCGGCGUAAUGGUCGCUCUGACUGCCGCUGCUGUACUUGCAGCACUGUCGUUCAUUAGCAGCUUGUGGGCCAAGGGAGUGGGAUUGCAUAGAUCGCCGGACGACCAUAAGCCAGCGACUGCUCGAACGGCACCAACGUCUGGGGACGAGACGCUGCCAGAACGUUUGCCUUAG